ACAGUCACGUGAUAUCUGCCACUCAAAAUGGCGGUAGGAGCUUUUCGACCGGGAACGUUUAUCAUAAUCCUAUCACUAGCAUUUAUCGGACUAUAUGAUUAUUUACUUAAUUAUGAAUCAAAUAAUUGUCAAAUGACUUACAUGUUCGAAUAUCCCGAGUAUCUGCCGAUACCGAUGACAGAUGAUAUUAAGGAACGAUUCCCAACCUAUGGUCUAUAUUUAUAUGGCGAAGGGGAUUACGCUAGAGAGCACCGAAAUUUCCGAAUGUCGGGAAUUCCUGUGCUUUUCAUUCCUGGCAACGAUGGUAGUCAUAAACAAGUUAGAUCACUAGGGUCUGUUGCUUAUAGGAAAUGGCUGGACGAGAGUCUUCCAUUCCAUUUUGAUUUCUAUUCAGUCGACUUUAACGAGGAACUAUCGGCAUUUGUUGGCGAUGCACUACAACGACAAACAGCUUUUACAGAAGCGGCCAUUAAUAAAAUAUUAUCGUUAUACACUUCGACUAAAAGCGUUGUAUUAGUCGGUCAUUCUAUGGGAGGAAUGGUGGCCAGAGCCCUAUUUACUAUACCAGGCUUUCAAAAUGAGAAAGUUCACACAAUUUUUACCCAGGCAACACCUCAUCAAAUGCCUGUUAUUGCUCUUGAUUAUGAAUUGGCUGAAUUUUAUAGAAGAGUAAAUGAAUUUUGGACAAAUAAAAGCAAUUCAACUUUAUUGAAAACGUCCGUUUUCUCAACUGCUGGUGGUUUCAGAGAUAUUCAAGUAAGAAGAGAUCUCGUUAGCUUAAGAGGGCUUGUAGCCUUUGAUACUAGCUGGGAUACUAAUACAAAAUCUGUACCUAGAGGAUGGGUUUCCACCGAUCAUAGAUGCCACGUUUGGUGUAAACAAAUUGUCUUGGCUACAGUUAGGGCAAUGAUUGAUAUGGUUGAUAAGAAGACAAAGAAGUUCGCUGUAAAUCCAGUUUUUAAACGUAAAGUUAUUCUACAUCAUUUCUAUAAGAAUUCUGGGUCGAAGACUUAUCGGCAAAACUAUAAUAGACUUAUCGAACUAGGAGCAAACGUUAAAACUGAAAUGCGACCUAAAUCCUCAUGGAGAUAUAACAGAAAAGAAGUUAAUGUUAAUAGAUAUUUCGCAACGAAAAUUACUCAAAAAGCAUCAUUUAUCAUUCUUACGCAAAAUUUAAAAGCUAAAAAUUAUUUGGGUGGAUGUCUAUUGGAUAGUUCUUGUGAUAAAUUAGAAAAUUUAUCUCCAUAUGCAGAACUAGUGCCGUCUAAUGAAUUGAAAGUUAUAAAGCUAAAUUCUGAUGAAAUAGCAAAAUUUUCGUCAAUAGUGACUAUUAUACCAAAAGCCUCGAGAGACGUUCAUGUUUAUGCAGAAGCAUUCAACCCUGAUAAAAGAUCUGUUGUCUGGAGCUUACCAAAGGCAUUUGUGCCGUUAAUUUCAACUUUUUUUUCUUAUCAAACAUUAGUAGAGAAGACAGAGAAAAAUGCUAUUUUCUACAAUUUAACACUUACAUCGAUUGAUCAUAUAAUGAACGUUUACAAAAUUUAUAUAACAACUCUUAACUGCAAUAAUGCAGAUGACCGAAAUGUUCUCUCAAAAAUUCAUAUACCUUGGAUAAGCGACGAUUCCUAUGACGAAUUGGAAAAAGAUGCAAAUUCAACUAUUACUGUGAGAUUACCUGUAUCGAAACCACCCCAAUGGAAUUUAAGUGCUCAGGUUCACUUAUAUCUUAACCCUCAAUGUGAAUAUACCAUUGGUAUACAAUUAGCUUUUGUGGAAUUACUUGGCCAAUUCUUUAGAUUCUAUACUGUUAAUUGCCUCUCUGCAAUGAUUGCCAUUCUUUCAUUUUUAAUUGCCGACGAAUGUCGUAGACUUUGUCAGCCAAGUUCUCAGGAAAAACCAUUGAAAUCUUACAAUUGGCCUCAUUUUCUUAAAAUUUUACCAAUAACAUUCGUGGCUAACUGGACGCUUGGAACAAAAGAUUCAAGGGAGUUGUUUCAAAAAAUAUCUAUUCCUCCUCCCGAUUCUUUUGACAUGGAUGAAAGAGGCCUGUGGUUUACUGCCUUGUUUAUGUAUAAUUUCUUAUUAGGUACAGCGAUUUUGUCAUGUACUUUCUUUAUUGCCUCGAAUUGUUUGGAAAUUUUUUCAUGGAUUGUCAGAAAAUUUUCAGGACUAAUUGGACAUAAUAAGAUUGAUAGUUUCAUAUGGUAUUUAGUAAUCGUAACUCAUUUUAUCAGUGUUCCUAUUGCCGCUUUUACUUGUGGAAGCUUAGGAGUUCUCAUAACUGUUACAUCUCUUCUAUUACGACAUAUCUUUUGUAGAGAAAAUCGCGAUGUUGCAGAAGAUAUUAAACGUCAUAAACUCCGAAUUCUAUUAAUAUACAUGCUAGUCAUUAUUAGCUUGUUAACGAGCCCGUCUUUGAUUCAUUUGGUACGUGGGAUAUUUGGAACAGUUGAUCCUUGGAGAACACCGUGUGUUGCUGUAUGCGUUAGUGUCUCACUUUUAGUUUGGGCUGAUUUGCCAUCUCUAAAAGGACCACUAUCUGGUGAAUUUAUUGAUAUUGCUUCAGGAUUAUUCUAUAUAGGUGGACAUAUAAUUUUCAUCUAUGGCUUAGCCUCACUCUACAGAAUAACCAACAUACUCUCCGUUCUUUUCACCAUAUUCGCUCUUUUGGGAAUUUUAGCCAGAUUCCUAGAGAGUGCUGAAAAUCAGAAAACGAAAAUCAAAGAAGAUUAA